AUGUUCUCCCGUCAAUUCGUCCGAAUCACUCAUUCAUUCGAGUGUCUGUUGGCUGUGUUCUUGAAUUUCUUGAUGCUCUACUUCAUCAUGAAGAAAACUCAUCCUGUCAUUGGGAAAUAUUCAUAUCUUCUGUUUUGUUUCUCGGCUUUCGAUAUCUUGUAUGUGACUAUCGAUUUUCUCAUCGUUCCAUUAAUUGUGCCCCUUUUCUGCAACUACAUCCCACUCACAAUCAUCAACUUCUCCGCAAUGUUCGGCGUCUUUUUCGACCUUGAGCCAAUGUGCAUUUUGAUCAUGAUCGAUCCGAUUCUAGAGCCUUUAGUCAUGAUUUACUUCAUCAAAUGCUACAGGGAUGCUUUCAUGAAUCUAAUCUUUUGUAGAGGGAAACGACUUUUGAAUAUAGUUUCUUCAACGCAGAAGUACUCUGUACCAACAAAUGGAAACACUGAAAUAAAAGUCGGCAGAAAUGUUUUGUUGGCUGGUGGAAACGCAGUUGAUGCUGGAGUGGCGGCCCUUUUCUGUCUCGGAGCCACCGAUGCGCAUUCGAGUGGCAUCGGCGGUGGACAUUUUAUGACAAUUUACCAGAGCGCUUCUCAAAGCUGCUUUGCAAUCGAUGCACGAGAAGUGGCGCCAGCUGCGGCUACUGAGGAUAUGUAUGUGGGCAAAUGGAAUGAUAGUGAAUAUGGUUGGAGAGCGGUGGCUGUCCCAUCAGAGCUUCACGGACUUUGGACUGCCUACGAACAGUUUGGGAGUGGGAAAGUCCCUUGGAAUCGCCUGAUCGAGCCAACCGUUCAACUAUUAACAGAUGGUGUCCCAGUCUCAUCUCACAUGCAAAUCGCCUUGCAGGAGUACGCAUUUUGGAUCACCAAAGAACCGACGAUGAAAGAAUUCGUGAAUCCGGAUACGGGAGAUGUCUACACGACUGGGGAUCAAGUUAAAAGAUUAAAACUCGCUGAGACAUUGCGAAGAAUUGCCUCCGAGAGUGAUCCAAUCAAAUUCUUUUAUGAUUCUGACGAACUUACACAGCCAAUGGUUGACGAAUUUCAAAAAAAUGGCGGAUUGUUGACGAGAGAUGAUUUUCGAAACUAUAAAAGCAUCGUUUAUUCGGAAAAGGAAAUGAUGGUGACAACCCUGCCUUCUGGGAGAAAAAUCUGUGGUCCUCCACCGCCAAGCAGUGCAGCAGUGGCUGUUGGAAUUCUUCAAAUUAUGGAUCAAUACAAGAAUAGUCUUGAAGACUUUGAUUCUAUUGAUUUGUUCUUACAUCGAUUUAUAGAAUCCGCAAAAUUCGCCUACUCCGGUCGAACAUGGCUAGGAGAUCCGAAAUUUGUCACCAAUGCAACGGAAAUUGCCAGGAAUUUGACGACAAGACAAUGGGCUGAUUGGGCAAGAUCAAGAAUAACGGAUAAAGCACACGAUAAUGCUUACUAUGGCGGUUCUUAUGCUGUGCCUCCACCCGAUCACGGAACCACACAUCUAUCUGUUAUUGAUAAGCUUGGGAAUGCUGUCUCAAUCACUUCUACGAUUAAUAUUUUCUUUGGAGCCAAGAUUAUGUCUGAAUCGACGGGUAUUAUUUGGAAUGAUGAAAUGGACGACUUCAGCUCUCCAGGCCACCCUAACUACUUUGGAUUUGAGCCAUCGCCGGCUAACUUUAUCCGUCCAGGGAAGAGGCCGUUGAGCAGUAUGUGUCCACUAGUGAUCGCUGAUUAUGAUGGAUCAAAUAGAUUGAUGGCAGUUGGUGCAGCUGGCGGAUCAACGAUCAUUACAGGAACAGCUGCAAUCGCUCUUCACACAAUGUGGCUGAAUCAAACGGUGAAAGAGGCUGUCGAUUUUCCUCGAGUUCACAACCAAUUGGAGCCCAAUUACACAUAUUAUGAGACUGAGUUGCCACCGGAAUUUGUUCAAGCUCUACAAAACCGAGGUCAAACGAUGAUGAAAGAUAGCAAUCUUACUGAAGCAACAGCGGCCAUUAGAGAAGUUGACGGGCAGCUGUACGCUAAUUCCGAUUUUCGAAAAGGACAGGAGAGUGCUCCGGCCGGGUAU